AAGACCUUGACAUUGGGACAAUACCGCGCCUUCCCUCGCGAGCCAAAGCGAUCGGUCCGAUCGAUCUCUCCCCCCAUACUUCUAACCCUAAAAGUCUCUCAUCUUCUUUGCAUUAGGAUCCCCACCCACCAUGGAUGACCAGAAAGGGGCCCACGUUAGGGCCUCCUUAUCCCUCUCCUCUGUCUCAGCUUCGUCUUUCGCUGCCGCCGCGCCCCCGAAGGAGGAGCUGCUGCCUCCCGUAGGCGGCGGCCAGAGGGUGCGGUUCUCGGUGGAUCUCAAGCCCGGGGAGACCACCAUCGUUUCCUGGAAGCGGCUGCUUAAGGAGUCCAGUAAAGGGUGCGGGGGUGGAUUCCCUCCCAAUGCUUUAGCGGCUGACCCACUUCUUGAUUCCCUCGCCCAAGCUGGUGGUCCGCCUGCAGCAAAUGAAUUAGAAGAUGCAGUUCCACCUACAAAUCGUUUUAGUGCAGUUAUUGAGAAGAUUGAACGCCUGUACGUGGGCAAACAAAGCAGUGAUGAAGAACUUGAUGAUAUCCCAUGUGACGAUCAAUAUGACACCGAGGAUUCUUUUAUAGAUGAUACUGAGUUGGAUGAAUAUUUUCAAGUGGACAAAAUGUCAACCAAGCACAAUGGGUAUUUUGUCAACAAAGGAAAGUUAGAGCAGAUUGAGCCUAGCACGUCACUUAAGGAGGCACCAAGCAAAAGAAGAAGAAAUGACUCCACAAAUCUGCAUGGUGAUGGUAAUGUCCUUGUUCCCAGUGGCCCUGUAAAUGUUGGCAAUAUGCACAUCAAGGGUGCUGCUAGGAAUGCACCAGAGGUAGGAAGGAAACCAAAGCCUGGAAAAAUUUAUGCAACAUAUGGUGUUGGUGAACAUUACAGUGAAGAAGGCAGACAUAUAAAAUAUAAAUCAAAAGGCACUACAACAGCCUACAAACGUAAAUCUUCUGAUUUCACCAUCAAAUCAGAAAAACAAUCAACCAAGGUAUCUGAUUCCUUGCAAUCAAUCACGAGAGUGCCAUAUAAGGAUGGUUUUUUGCGACCUUUGGAACUAAAGUGUCUUGAUAAGCAUAAAGAUGUAGUACUUGCUUUAAAAAAUACUGGCCACAGGUCAAGAGCAAGUGAUUCAUUUGGUCCCUUGUACCAAGUAUCCUGCAAUGAAGGUCACAUGGAAUUUCAGUCAAAAAAAUCGCUACAUAGUGAUGCUGGAGAAGUAUAUGCUACAAUUCGAAGUAAGGAGAGAUAUGGCUCCAGUGAUUUUCUUGCUAUGAAUUCUCCUGGGAGUGCCCAUCCUAUGCAUGAAGCACAGCAUCUGUCCACAAGGGCGAAAGGAAGUUCCUCUGUUAGGCCUAAAGGGACCACACUUGAACGAGCCAUCUAUGACCUCGAAAAGAUAGUGGCUGAGUGUAGACCACCAAGUCUUGAUGUUCAGGAGGUGGAUCUGGCAUUUCAAGGCAUUAAGAGGAGACUUCCGAAGGAAGUAAAGCAGAAGCUUGCUAAAGUUGCAAGAUUAUCGGCAAGCCAAGGUAAAAUUUCUGAAGAUGAGCUGGUUGAUCGGCUUAUGGGUAUUCUAGGUCACCUAGUACAGCGCAGGACAUUAAAGAGAAAUAUGAGAGUGAUGGUUGAAUUAGGUCUUUCAGCAAAACAGCAGAAAGCUGAUAGAUUCCAUCAAGUAAAAGGGGCAGUCACUGAGAUGAUCAGAGCACGUGUUUCUCAGUUGAAGUCCAAGUUACCUGAGCUACAAGAUGGUUCAGCUGAUAAUUUUCAGAAAAUUAAUAAUGAUGAAAAAAGAGUUUUGAAAGGAAGAUAUAGUAUGGAUUCUGCUCUAGAAGACAAGAUCUGUGAUCUCUAUGAUCUUUAUGUUGAGGGAAUGAAUGAAGACAAAGGCCCUCAAAGCAGGAAGCUCUAUGUAGAGCUUGCAGAACUGUGGCCCAGUGGUUACAUGGAUGAUGUUGGAAUUAAAGAUGCCAUUCAGAGAUCAAAGGAAAGGAAAAGAGCAAUUUAUAGUCACAAUAAGGUUCACAAUGAAGAGAGGAUCAAGAGGAGAAAGUUGGCUUCCACAGUGCGAGUGGCUGAGACUAAUCCAGCUGCUCAAUUACAAGCCAGACAAGAGAAGCCAGUUCCAAUCGUUGAUUCCACUGCUCAGUUUCUUGCUCCCUUGGAGAAGCUAGGUUGCAAUCGAACUGCUGCUACAACAGGCCGAUCAAUGGAUUGUAUCCCACCUACCAAUUCUGGACACCAUGUAUCAAAAAAGCCCAACAAGGUUAGAGCUGUUAAAGUGAGCACAAACUCUGAGGACACAAGCAAAGCUUCCAUGAAGAAAUUGAAAAAGUUAGAACCUGAGUUGGCUGAAACUCAGGUUCAUUCCCAGAGAGUUCCUAUUCAGCUUGUCACUGAGAAACAAAAUUUCCCAAGCUUCUGGAUGACACAAGCCUGAGUCACCAGCGUGAACUGGUGUUGAACUAUUAAGUGCUUCAGGUUCUGACGAGCCAAGCUGAUUUGUUGCAGCUUACACUUACAAAAGUAAUAUGCUAGUUUAGGUUUUAGUUGAUUUCUUCUGUUUCUUUAUUGUAUGACCUUAAAUCUGAAUCCUAGUCUUCUUAAUCUUUCCCACCAACCAAUCCCUUUGUGUAUUACAAUUUGAUCAUCUUUUGAUAGAUGCGCCAUCCUUUUCCUCCGUUUAACAGUUAUUCAACAAGUAGCUACCCCUCAUAAGCAUUUGCUUUCAUGAGCUGCAACAUGUACAUGUUCUUAUCUCUCUAUGGGAGCUGGUUUUCCUGUGUAACUGUCAGCAAAUUGUCAUAUCUAACUUAAAAGGGGUCGUGGUGUUGUAAUUAAAGUGUUGAUAUUUGGCAUUGCAGUAAUGAAAAUUCCCUUUAGUUAUCUA